AAUGCUUGGAUCGAUGAUCAUUUGUAGUUCGGAUAAGUGGCUCGUGCCCUGCUUGGCUUUGAAUGUCUGACAUAACACUGCAAUGUUGCUGACAUUGAUCAGCAGCGAGAGCGGCCGCUUCUCAUUGGACCUGUUGGUUGUCGCUCAGCCAUUGAGGCUGAGACAAAGUGACAAUGCUGUGAAAACUGAGGGUCGCAUUGUGCAGUGUGUAGGGGUGACCCAUUGACUGGUCCAUACGCGAUACUAUGGGGUGGCUUUGGAUCGCUGUGGCAACGUGUGUGCUCGCGUCCUGCUCUGUCAAAGGAAAUGACUGGUGGUUGGAGUAUGAAGAGGGGAUUCGGCACUACAGCAAGGAGGCCCUCAAUAAGGAGUUUCCAGAGAAAACCCGGCCAGUGAGCUUCAAGCAUCCUGUGUUCCAGUGCUCAGACAUGAGUCCUUCUCCCUCUGUCCCCUCCACAGUUGAAUUUGUGAAGGCCGCAGAUAUCAAAGUCAUCGCCGCCUUGGGGGAUUCUCUGACAACGGCUAUCGGCGCCAACGCCACUACUGUCCUCGGCAUUCCCAUUGAGUUUCGUCACGUGUCAUGGAGCAUUGGAGGCUAUGGGACAUAUCAAGAUGUCAUUACUUUGGCAAAUAUCAUCAAGCUGUUUAACCCCAGUCUGCUUGGAGCUUCUCCUGGAAAGACAGUUCAUGGGAUGCAGGCUCAUAUCAGUGAAACGGGCUUCAACUUGGCCGUAACUGGACACAACACCUUCAAUCUCCCCGGUCAGACGAGACAUCUGAUAGACACACUGAGAGGUUACGAGGGUCUCAACUUUGAAGAGGACUGGAAGCUUUUGACUAUUCUCAUGGGCAUGAAUGACAUCUGUGAUUACUGCAAAGAUAAAGCUCUUUUUUCAGUAGAUAACUUCAUCCACUAUAUGACCGUCUCGUUGGAAAUGCUUAUGAAUGAGGUUCCCCGUAUGAUUGUGAACGUGGUUCAGAUCCUCCCCAUGCAGACUUUGAGGGAGGUGCAGAAGCCCACCCCAGGGUGUUUGCUCCAGCGGUCUUUCUGCUCGUGCCUGAUAGAGCCAGUAGCCAGAUCUCCUGAACUCCGGGAGCUGGUGGAGGUCAAUCUGGAAUUCCAGAAAAGACUCGAGAAGCUGCUGUACAGCGACCGCUUCUUCAGGGACGACUUCGCCGUUGUUCUCCAGCCCUUUUUGAAGAACGCGGACCCGCCCCGCCUCCCGAACGGGAAGAUCGAUAUGACUUUCUUCACUCACGACUGCUUCCACUUUACCAUAAAGGGACAUGAGGAGCUGGCCAAGGGACUGUGGAACAACAUGUUUCAGCCCGAGGGAGGAAAGACGAUUGUGAGCAGCUUCUCUGACCCCAUCACUCUCAUCUGUCCGCCUAUGGAACACCCAUAUAUCUUCACUCGACCGAUCGCAGCCAAGUCAGACCAACCUACCCUCCAGACUGACGCUCCAUCACCAGCAGUCAUCUUCCUGCUGCUCCUCCUGGCACAGUUUGGAGUUAUGUAGCUUUUAAUUCCUUUUCCCGACGCAAAACACACAGAGGGCGGAAGGAGUUUUUUAGCCAUUCACCAGCAUGGAGGAAAUGACUGCAAACUGACAGAUUUGACAACAAACAAUCAUUGCAAUCAUGCAGCCGAAAUAUCUGAAUCUCAGAGGAUGUUGGAGAUGGACGAGAUGAGGAUAGGGGAGUUUCAGAUGGUUGGGGGUUGUCUCUAUAAUAUUGCCAGAUUUUUACUAAAUAAAGUGCCUGGAGAUGACUGGUGUUGUGAACUGUUCUUCAAAGUGAACUGAACUGAGAAAUGUGACUUUCUAAUAGACCCUUUUACAGUUUUUAAUUGAGAUUUAAAUAACUUUUCCUGCGCUAAAGACGAUAUACCAGUUAGACCGCAUGCCUGGUAGUGGGAUGUUUCUGUUUCUCCCCCAUUUGGGGAGCAGACUUAGAGCAUAUAUGUAUUUUUAAUAAAAAGUUUGCUUUGUACAAAUUGCAAAUGUUGUAAUUAACAAAGCAUGACGACCUACUUUUGGUUCGUGUGACUUUUAUACAUUCAUACAUAAAAUAUUAACGACUUUGCCUCUUUAAUAACUUCUGGGCCUUUUUUAAAAAAAAGUUUUCAGACUCAUUAAUUUACUCAGAUUUACCUUUUUAAAAAACAAAACUUUUGUUUGCUUGUUUGUUUCUGCACGCUUACUCACGCAGAGGGACCCUGGCAAUGUGCCUCGAUCAGCUCAGUGAAAAAAAAAAUGAUUUAAACAUGAAAAUUUGUCAUUCAUAUCAUCUGCUGUAGAUUUCCCCAGACAGCUCUGACUUCUCAAACAGGGGAAGAUUUAGUCACAGGUCUGCUCCUCAGAUCUCCAGGCAGCUGCUGGCCCACUUUCACUGCUCCAUCCUCCGGUGCCUGAAAUAUUAUUAUUAUUCUUCACUAAAAGAGGGAAAGCAAACCAUCAGUCAUUGCACUGAACAAAAAAAAAAAAAACGACAACAAAAAAACACUAAGUGUUGCUCAUGCUGCUGGGUGCUGAGCAGUGGAGUCAUUAUCUUUUACCCGCAAAAUGUCAGCGGUUGGCGUCAGUAGCUGAGGUGUAAUCAUCCAGUGCAGAUGGCUGUAUUGGACUCUCUGGUUAAACAGAGCCUACAAUACAGAAUUCACCGACUCCAUUGAAUCAGUGUGAUUACAAAGGCAGGUGGAAACUAUAUUAAGGCAAUCUCAGGUUACUUUAAUGUGCUCAGAAAUAGCAAUUUACCUCCAGAAUGGAAAGGAAAAGCAUAUGAUAUGUACUCAGUGUGGUGCAGCUGGGUUGUAUAAGUAUAUCAUGUGUCAUAUAUGUAGGAACAAUCAUAUUUGCAUGGGGAAAGCCUCCCUUUUCUAACGUUUUCUUAUAAUAAAACGCAUAACCCUUGAGUUUAGAAAGGUAAUUAUUUGUAAUCACCUAACAUGUAUUUUUUCCCAAACUCUUUCAAAUUUAUUUGCUUUGUUCCAGUUUACUUUGUUGCUUCUUGGAUGCUUCUCUUUGACGAAUUUCAGUUAGCGCUUGUAGCUUUCAGAUUUCAUUAUAACCCUUUUAUUGUAUUCAAAGGAAACAGUCUUCAUGUUUAAACAAAGCCGUCGGCACUUUACGCGGGACAAAUAUGGAUCCUCUGGUCUAGCUCUGAUGCAGAUUGGCCUUUAUUGUUUCUCUGAAUGCAUAAUGAGAUCUUUGGGAUGUCGGUGAAUGUGAAACUGCAAACAGUCCAAACGCCCGCUCCCACUUUAGAAACCUCUGCUCUGUUUGUUUUUUAAUGAACAUGUCAGUAACAAGAUGAAAAUGACCUCAUGAGAACAUGCACAUCCAGAAGUUUUAGAAUUUUCCAGUGUGCAUG